AGUGCAUAGUUGAAAAACUCAAAUAGCAGUACUGAAAGUGUUGAGGCGCUGGCGAUGGCCGUGUUGAGAAACCUUCCGGUCAGCUGACUGCUCAACACUUCAUGACAUGAAGGAACCAGCGCAGCUCUGCCGACAUUCGUUCACUGGGCGGCAUCAAGUCAACAGUAGCGGCAGUAAUCUUCUCUCUUCUGUCGAGAGAAAAUGGAAGAUUUUACUUAUGAAGAUUUCGGCAACUACACAUACGAUGAGGACGACCUCAUGCCACACGAGGAGUCGGUGUUUCUGCACAAAUCCACCUGCACGGGAGAUGCCCUUUGUGUUUCUCUGCUGGUGAUCACCACAACCAUUUUUCUGCUGGGUUCCUGCGGCAAUGCGUUGGUCAUCUGGAUCUCUGGCUUCAAAAUGAAGAAGACGGUCAACACUACGUGGUACCUGAGCCUGGCCAUCUCGGACUUUGUCUUCUGCAUCUUUCUUCCAUUCCUCAUCACCAACAUGGCCAUGGGGAGGUGGAUCUUCGGACUCUUCUUGUGCAAGUUUACCUCGUCCGUGUUGUUCCUCAACAUGUUCAGCAGCAUCUUCCUCCUGGUCGUCAUUAGCGUCGACCGCUGCGUGUCCGUCAUCUUUCCCGUCUGGGCCCAGAACCACCGCACGGUACGAAAGGCAUCGGUCAUUGUUAUCCUGGCCUGGGUUCUUGCCAUCGGACUCAGUCUUCCCUCGGCGGUUUUUCGCGACAUUAAGCAUCAAAUGGGCAGGAGCAUUUGCUACAACAACUACACGUUCCACCAACACAGUCACGAAAUCAUCGGAGUCAGUCGCUUUGUGGGAGGCUUUGCGGUGCCUUUCAUGGUCAUCAGCGUUUGCUACUCGGUCAUCAUCCUGAAACUUCGGACCAACAGGAUGACCAAAUCGUCCAAACCUUUCAAAGUCAUGACGGCGCUCAUCGCUACUUUCUUCAUCUGCUGGCUGCCCUACCACGUGUUCAUUCUGCUUGAAGUCAAUCAGCAACACCACAACCAUUACAUCUUAACUGUCGGAACGCAGGUCGGGACCUGCCUGGCGGCGGCCAACAGUUUCCUCAACCCGGUGCUCUAUGUGUUUAUGGGUAAUGACUUCCAGCAAAGGUGUAAGACCUCCUUGCUGUCAAAGAUGGAGAAUGCCAUGGGGGAUGAUGGUCGCACCACCAGCCGGUAUCUGUCCAGGUCCAGCUCUAUGGACGGCAGGGUGUCCACACACAUUUAAAAGUCCUCCAACACACACAAAGCUGUGAUUACAGUUGUCUCGCACAGCAACACUCUAUCGGGAAAGCACUGCAAGCAGUUUGAGCCUCAGUUGUGCGUUCGUGUGCACUACGACAUGCAAUCAGCAAUCCUGACGUUAACUUGACGCGCUAUUUCAUUGAGGGAUGACCUCAGCAAAGGCCCCCCCCCCCGCCCCCCCACACACUUCAGGCGUGUGACGAAUAAAUCAUGAAAAUGCAAAUUACUUGCAUUUUUCACAUCCGAACAAUUCACAGUGGCAGCGAUGGCAUUCACGAGUGUCUGAGCGCAUACUCUGCAUCGUUGCACAAGCCAAUAAAAAAAACAUAAAAAUAAUAAUAAAAUCAUCAUUCCUAAAAAAAAAAUAAUAAUAAAAGAAAAUAUGUCAUGUUCAUGUUCUGUGCGAGGCAGUGUCAAAAACAACAGCAGGGAAUAAUGUGUUGAUGUGCGUGUCGUGUUAAUCACAAAAAAAAAAAAAGGGCGG